ACAAGCCGAGGCUCAAGCCCUAGUGCCAGUCCAAGUCAGAGCACCCAUAGUGGUCUCAGAAGCCCUAGUAGGACAUCACAUAUAGUAAAUGACAGAUGCCUUCUGGAUAAUAUACCUGAUCCAAAUUCUGCCUGCCCAACAGAUAUAAAUAUAUUAGAUGAAGAAACUCUGAGAUGUCUGGGGGGGGACCCUAGUGAGAAUGAUAAGAAAGAGACCCAGUGUCAUGCAGAAUUGGCCCCUAGGUGGACAAAGAUUUUGAAAAAUGGAUUAGAUCAGGAUAUGAAGACAUCUCUGAUAGCCAAAUAUCCAAUCCCCUCAAAUUGUACAAGAUUGAGUGCACCUAUGAUCAAUCCAGAAAUCAAGAAAUUACUAUCCCAAUCCCAGCUUACAAAGGACAAAGUUCAGACUUUGGGACAGAACCAGUUAGGUACAGGCAUUGUAGCUCUGGGGGAGGCUAUCAACAUACUAUUGGUUACAAAAAAUCGAGACAAAGAACUCCUUACACAUUUAUGUGAUGCUGGUCAACUAUUAACAGACCUGCACCAUAGUAUGUCUAUUUCUAGGCGCAAACAGAUCAUUCCACUUCUAUCCAGAUCAGCCAGUGAAAUUGCUCAAGGGAAUGAUAUUGAUGAAUUCCUGUUUGGGAAGGAUUUUGCUGAACAAUGUAAAAAUGAGAAAGCUGUGGAGAAAUCCAGCACUGAACUUAUGAGAAACAUGCCCUCAGUUUCUAAACCAGUGUCAAAGAAACCCAGGGUACCAUUCAUACAACAGGGAAAACUUUCUUUAAACCGAAAGGCCCCACCUCGUUACCUGAGGGAACAUCAGAGGUACAAGGGGCACUUCCCUCAGAACAAAGAGAAUCAGAGAAAAGACUACAGACCACGCCGCCAUUAAUGUCGGAAACACCAACCACCAGCAACAUCCUUGAUUGUCGGGAAGUUAUCAGGCAAGCUUUUUUAAGGAAAAAAAUUCCGGAGUGUGGGAUCCCUACGAUCAUUGAAUCCUUGUCAAAGGCCACCCUAAAACAGUACAACACCACAUUCAAGGCAUGGAGAGUUUUUUGCCAGACAAGAAAUAUACAUUUUUUGGAGGGAGGAGUAACAGAAGUUGUCACUUUCCUGCAAGAACAGCUAGACAAAAAUGGUUUUUCUUAUGGGACAUUCAAUACUUAUAGAUCAGCUCUUUCUUUGAUAUUGCCUGGAGAAAUAGGAAAAGAUCCACAAAUCCGCAGAUUUGUUAAGGGCAUUCACAGACUCAGGCCCCCUAGGAGACGAUAUAAUUAUACAUGGGAUCCUCAACUUGUUUUAGCACACCUAGAAUCUUGGCCUUCAAAUGAAUUACUUCCAUUGGAUAAACUAACCAGAAAGGUUGCUACCUUGUUGGCACUAGUCACGGCUCAUAGGAUGCAGACAUUAGCUCUGACUAAGGUAUCU